AUGACCAGGUGGGCUCUGCUGAUGAUGGUCCUGGUCCUGGGCAGGGCCCUGCUUGUCCCAGCAACCCCUGUCCCAGCCUUCCAGCUCCUCCCUCAGAACUUUCCCCAGGCCACUCCCUAUCCCGUGGCCUCGGACAGCCCCAGCACUGGCCCCCGCCCCGGCCCGCGCAUCACACUCUCACUGGACGUCCCCAUCGGCCUUCUGCAGAUCUUACUGGAGCAGGCCAGGGCUAGGGCUGCCAGGGAACAGGCAGCCAUCAAUUCUCGUAUCCUGGCCCAUGUUGGCCGCCGCUGA